AUGGGGGACACAUCUGAUUCUACGGAAGUUGACGAGGAAAAGACUGUUUCUAAGGAACAGCUCGCGCAUGAUAGUCUUACUUCUGAAGGGCUAGAGGGAAAGGCAACCGCUAUACAAAUUCCUCAGGAGAAAGAAACCCCCUUGGGGCAACAUGUAGACUCUUCCAGUGACAAGAAUGAAGCGGGGGCAUCUCCUGUGUUGAAGGAUAAACAUGAAAAGGAUAGUUCCUCAGAUGAAAAGGAUUCUAAUUCUCCAUCUUAUGUGAAAUUGGAGUCAUUGAAGGAGUUGGAAUCACUAAGUAUCAAUGGAAAAGCUUCUGAAGCAGGGAGUGGAAGGACCUCAAAUGUUUUUGAUGCAACGGAGCAUGAGGUAUCUAAGGCAGAAGCAGUAGAUCCAGAUGAAACGGCCAAAGGUCUAGAGGGAACUCCUCAGCAAGAGGAGCCAGAGCCUGUCUUUGAUGGGACUGAGAUUCCUUCAAUGGAAUCAGUGAGGAGUUCAUCAGACAGUUCUGUGGAUAAUGAGACAGGGAUCCAUGGAUAUGCUUGGCCUGAGAAAGCAGUGGCUGUCAAGAACUUUGUUAGGGAGAAAAGUCUUGUUGCAGUCUCUAGUUUCCUACGUCGCCUUUCUGGAAAAAGUAAUGAUGGACUGGAUGGUCCUGAUGGAGAACCUGAGAACAAUAAUUCUAGCUUAGAUGGUAAGGAGGUUGGAAAUAGAGAGAGUGAAGUCCAUGAAGCUUCUCCUAAGGGCUCAGAACGAUCUGUGUGGAAUCCUCUUAGCUUAAUUAAGAUUUCACGUGAGGCUGAUGUGGAAUGUAAAGAUGAACUUGAAGAUGACACAAAAGAUGCAAUUGAACCUCUAGCAAUGAAAGGGCGCAUCUUACUGUAUACAAGGUUAAGAUGUCAGGAUUCCAAAGAGGCAAGACUCUUUCUGCAUGGGAAAAGACUGAGAUAUGUUGAGAUCAAUGUUGAUGUAUAUCCUGGCAGAAAGUUAGAACUUGAAAAGCUUGCAGGAUCUUCGGAUGUUCCCAGAGUGUUUUUUAACGAAAUUCUUAUUGGAGGUUUGAGUGAACUGAAGAGCUUGGAUGAGUCUGGGAAGCUGGUAGAGAAGAUUGAGUAUGUCGUCUCUGAGGCACCAUCAUUUGAAGCUCCACUUCCACCACUUUCUGGAGAAGAUGAUCUGUCUAGUAGUGGUUCUAUUGAUGAACUUGCUCUUAUAGUUCGGAAAAUGAAAGAUAACAUAGUUGUUAAGGACCGCUUCUAUAAGAUGCGCCGUUUCACUAACUGCUUUCUGGGUUCAGAGGCUGUGGAUUUCUUGUCCGAAGAUCAAUACUUGGAAAGGGAAGAGGCUGUUGAAUUUGGUCGAAAGCUUGCCAGUAAACUCUUCCUUCGGCAUGUUCUGGAAGAAAACAUGUUUGAAGAUGGGAGUCACUUGUAUCGGUUCCUCGAUGAUGAUCCCUUGAUAUCCCAAUGCCAGAAUAUUCCAAGGGGCAUAGUUGAUGUUAAGCCAAAGCCAAUAAUUGAAAUUUCAUCAAGGUUGAGAUUUCUGUUUUAUGCAAUUUUAGAAGCUUACACAUCAGAAGAUGGUAAGCAUGUUGAUUAUAGGAGCAUCCAUGGGAGCGAGGAGUUUGCAAGGUUUUUGAGGAUACUUGAGGAACUUCAAAGAGUGGAAUUACAGGACAUGCCUAGGGAGGAGAAGCUUUCAUUCUUUAUCAACCUCUACAACAUGAUGGCUAUUCAUGCAAUACUGGUGUGGGGUCAUCCUUCUGGAGCACUGGAGAGAAGAAAAUUAUUUGGGGAAUUUAAGUAUGUAAUUGGUGGCUGCACAUUUUCACUUUCUGCUGUAUACAAUGGCAUUUUAAGGGCCAAUCAGAGGCCACCAUAUAAUCUCAUCAAGCCAUUCAGCACCGGUGAUAAACGGAUCAAGAUGAUUUUACCUUAUCCAGAGCCUCUUGUUCAUUUUGCAUUGGUUAAUGGUACUCGAUCUGGGCCUAGUCUUCGCUGCUAUUCUCCUGGGGAUAUUGACAAAGAGUUGAUGGAGGCUGCCCAUAAUUUCAUAAAAAGUCAAGGACUUCUUGUUGAUUUUGAAGCGAAGGUUGCAUAUGCGAGUAAGAUAUUGAAAUGGUAUAGUUCUGAUUUUGGCAAGAAUGAGGUAGAGGUGAUCAAGCACGCCUCGAACUACUUGGAUCCGGAGCAGUCUCAAGCGAUAAUGGAGUUGCUUUCGAGUACGCAGUUGAAAGUUGUGUACCUGUCGUAUGAUUGGAGAUUAAACCAUUAG